AUGGCAGCAGCAUUGCGCUUCAAACUCGUCUUCUUCUGCCCUAUCAAAAAUACCUCAGAAGUUCUCGAGAAGCUGUUCAAGUCACAUCCGACACAUGUUGGUAGACUCGGGGAAUAUGAAUGUUGUGCUUUCAUAACACCUGGAACGGGACAAUUCAAGGCUCUAGGUUCUGCCAGCCCACACAUUGGCUCCAUCGGGCAACUCGAAUCAGUCAAAGAACAUUGGGUGGAAGUGUUAGUGAAAGAUGAAGGACAGAACGAGCAGAUCCGUGGAGCUGUCAAUGAACUAAAGAAAGCACAUCCAUAUGAGGAGGUUGCAUACGAAGUAUACCGAAUUGAGGAUUUCUGA